AAGAGGCGCCUACGUGCGAGGAAAAUUCAACACGUGGUGCGGAAGUAGCCGCGCCGUAAGGACAUCAGAGGUUGCCGCGCGCUACUUCACAGUUACGGCUGUCGACGCUACUUUCAAUAAAGUUUGAGGAUUAACCACAGUGUCAACAAUGGAGCGAGUCAGAACGGCGUUCAACAACAUGGUCCGAGGUGGCCGCUACAGCCGGUUCUCCCUGCAGCCGGAGCGGGACGGGGUUCAGCAUGUGGAGGUCAGGCUGUCGGAGGACACCCUGGACGACACCACAGAGGUCAACGGGCAGCCGGCCGCGGGCUACCCCUCCUACCAGCCCCACCCGGCCACCAAGCGCCGGCAUCAGUACUUCUACAUGGCCCUCGGCACCCUGCUCAUCUUCCUCAUCGGCCUCCUGAUUGGUUUCGUGAGCCACAGUAAGCCUCAGCAGCAGCCAAUCAGCUGUACCACAUCAGGGGCCGUUCAGUCGUCUGUGGAAAAUCCGCCCGUGCCUGCAGAAGCUCCGAAACCGUCUAUGGAUUGGAGGGACAUCACACGCCUGCUGUCUGAGAGGCUGAACGCCCAGACGCUGACUAAGGCCCUGAGUGAUAUAGAUGUGGCGUCCCGGACUGCAGGAAGCAGCGAGGACCAGCUGCUGGUGAACCGCAUCCUCCUGCAGUUCAAACAGCAGGAGAUGAAGCCAUGGAUGGGAAUCAACAACGUCCAGCUGCCGAUCCAAGACAGCAACCAGCCCAACACAGUUCGGUUUGGUAAGGAGGUGUUCCACCCUAAAGGGUACCUGGCCUACAGCGCCAAGGGACGCGUCCAGGGUAAAGUGGUGUACGGUAACUACGCUGGCCCAAAAGACUUCAGCCUGCUGGAGGAUAAGCGCGUUGCGGUGGCGGGCAGUGUGAUGCUCAUCCGCGCCUCCCCACAGAUCAGCUUUGCCCAGCAGGUGGCUAAUGCUGCUAGCAAGGGAGCUGCUGCGGUUCUGGUGUACCCAGACCCCCAGGAGUACAAGUACAACGACGAUACAGAGCUCUUUGGACACGUCCACCUGGGGUCUGGAGACCCCAACACCCCUGGCUUCCCCUCCAUCAAGCACACCCGCUUCCUCUCCACCAGGUCCUCGGGCCUGCCCUCCAUCCCUGCCCAGACCCUCACUGCCAGCAUGGCCGCCGCCAUCCUACGGGACAUCGGCGGGCCUGAGGUGGAGGCCCACAGCGGCUUCACAGGACUCCUGAGUGGCGUCACCUACAGGCUGGGAGGCAGCGUCAACGCCACGGUGGAGAUCAACAACGUCCAGGUCGACCGAGAGCUCCACAACGUGUUUGGAGUCAUCAAGGGCUUCGUCGACCCCGAUCGCUACGUGAUCAUCGGAGCCCAGAGGGACUCGUGGGGACGCGGCUACGCCCGGUCCACCGUGGGCACGGCCGUCCUCAUGGAGCUGGCCCGGGCCGUCUACGAGAUGGUGGAGAAAGAUGAGUUCCGACCCCGGAGGUCCAUUGUGUUUGCCAGCUGGAGUGCAGGGGAGUACGGAAACGUUGGCGCCACCGAGUGGCUGGAGGGGUACCUUCCCUCCCUGGCCCACAAGGCCUUCACCUACAUCAGCCUGGACGGGGUGGUCAUGGGCAAGGGCAGCUUCAUGGCCUCGGCCAGCCCCCUGCUGCGCGGCCUCAUCGAGAAGACCAUCAAGGAUGUGAGGAGUCCAACUGAGCCCGGGACCGUGUAUGAUACGUUGGAAGGGAAGGACUGGCUGAGACCCAUGGCUCUAGAUGACCCGGCCUAUCCCUUCCUCACCUCUUCUGGCAUCCCCUCCAUGUCCUUCCACAUCAUCACCAAGGGUGAAGAGGCGUACAGCUACUACGGCACCGGCCUGGAUAACAAGGACCACCUGGAUUACAGCACUGGCCAGAAGACCCCCGAGACCGCCAUCGCCGCGGCAACGCUGGCCGGACGGAUGGUCCUGCGGCUCGUCCACGACCACAGGCUGCCGCUGGACCUCAGUCGCAACGUGGAGGCCAUCGACGAGCCAGUGAGCAAACUGGUCCGCCACAUCGCCCAGCUCACCAAGGACGGCACGCUGAGCAACGUCAGUUACACCUGGAUCGCCAGCGCAGGCGGCUCCUACAGCAAAGCCACCGCCGACCUCAACACAGCCUUCCUCAACACGGACUUUAAUGACGCGGAGGCGUGCCGAAUCAUCAACGAGCGCAUCAUGGUGGCGGAGCAAUGCCUCCUGUCCCCCUACGUCACGCCUCAAGACACUCCCUUCCGCCACCUGCUGGCCGGGCGCGGGGCCCACACUCUGGCCUCCCUGCUGGAGACCAGCGACAUGGAGCACUUCAAGGUCCAGCUGGCCUUGGCCACCUGGACCCUGCAGAGCUGUGCUGACAGCAUGGCCGGGCAGAUCUGGGAGGUGGACAACGAGAUGUGAUCGGGAGGCAGGGAGAGUGGGAGGGAGGGACGGACGGAGGGUGGGAGAGUGGGAGGGUGGGAGGGUGGGAGGGUGGGAAGGUGUGUGUGUGUGUGUGUGUGUGUGUGUGUGUGUGUGUGUGUGUGUGUGUGUGUGUGUGUGUGUGUGUGUGUGUGUGUGUGUGUGUGUGUGUGUGUGUGUGUGUGUGUGUGUGUGUGUGAGUAACUUCUCUGAAAUCAAACCGUUUAGAAGGCACCACCUCUGAUGAAACGUGCAUUACUGCACUUUAGGUAAAAUGGAUGCAAGGUCACUAGCUAUGCAAACUAUAAAGAGUGACAUCACCUCGUUUGAUCAGAAAGACAAACAUGUGUAUGCUGGCGUCCUUGUAUUUCACGAUGAGUGGUUGCUCUUAAGUGUGUGUGUGUGUGUGUGUGUGUGUGUGUGUGGAUUUUGAGGGAUUCAAGGCUGUGUUAGGGUUAAGAUGCAUUGAUCAGAUAAAGAGCAUUGCAGUUUAACUUUAGUGGGCACUAGCUGCAAAGUUUAUUCUGUCAAAGGUAAAUUGCGGCAUUUAAUCGCAACCGAUCAAACACUGUACGUUACUGAGGAGGCUUCUUUCCCGUGAAGACCUCUUUCCCGUGAAGACCUCUUGCUGAAAGCACUGUAAGGAUAUUGCACUUAAGAUAAUUGAUAUCAGUCGAAACUCGCAGUACUAAAAACCAAACGAGAUCUUGAUUUAAAACCUUAAGUGUGAUAUCAUCCUCAAUACUAUUUAUAAUAUUUAUUUUAUCAGCGACAGUGUACGCUAUAAUUUAAGUUUGUCUUUUUUAUUUUUGUAUAUAUCUACGCAACGUUAUCGGAAGCAGUGACUUCCAUAAUUAUGACGGUUAUACCGUCUCAGCCUUAGCAGCAUCUGCUCCUCAGUACCACUCCUGCUCCGUUUCCACGGAGACUGGACCAUGGUUCCCCGGCGUAAAGAAAGAAGUGCCGUUUCAAGUUAGAAAUGCAUUUGUGUCGAUAGCCCAUGGCCAUAUGCGGUACACAUGUCAUCUAAAGGUGCGGUUAAUUUCACAGUAUGAGCUUCAACUGUUUUGUUACACCUUUUUGUUUGGUGCUUUUAUUGUGAAAAGAGAAUGAAGGGCUCUUGGGCCAUCCUAGAUGAUUCCCUAUGGUCUAUUUAAUGUGCUUUAAAGAUGUUGUGUUCAGCUCUCAAGUUCAUUCAUCAAGUUCAUUUUUUGAAGAGAACUGCCCACCGCCUUGCAACGUAAAAUUUUCCAAUUUGGCCAUCCCAAAAUGCAAGACCUUUCAACACCGUCGCAGAAGUUUGCAGUUGUUUGGUUUGUAAUGACCAGGAGUUGUUCACGUUGCCCUGGCUGCAAAGUCAUUAGUCAAUUAUCAAGGGGAAGGCGUUUUGUUAUUUAAGAGAUUUGCGUAGCAGUGUCCUAUAAUGAAAGGACAUAUUAAGAAGCAGGGCCUUCUAUAAUGAAUACAUUAUCGGAAUGCAGUCUUCUGCAAUCAAACUCAUCGUCCGUAAGAACGCCUUUUAGGACAUAAUCCAUUAUCAGAAGCAUGGCCUUCUAUUAAGAACUAAAUGAUCGGAAUGCAGUCUUCUGUAAUCAAACACAUUGUCAGUCGGAGUGCCUUCAGAAUGUUAUACAUUAUCAGAAGCAGGGCCUUCUAUAAUUAAAUAUUGACAUUAUCAGAAGCAGGGUCUUCUAUAAUGAGGUAUAGUAUCGGAAUGUGCGGUCUUCCGGAAUCCAAGACAUUGUCGGAAUGCCUUUCAGAAUGUUAUACAUUAUCAGAAGCAGGGUCUUCUAUAAUUAAAUAUUGUCAUUAUCGGAAGCAGGGCCUUUCAUAAUGCAGAGAAGAGAUGGUAGUUUUUAUCUACCUGUGUGUGUCUAUGUGUGUGUGUGUGUGUGUGUGUGUGCACAAGAAAUGUGUGUAUCGAGAGCAGUGCCUCUCAUAUUUCACUCAAGGUGGAACAACUUAUCGGGUACAGUGCUUCCCAAAGUUUUUUUUUUUAUAUUUCUGCUGCUUUUUUCCCCUGUAGUUUCAGGUUGUGCCCCCUAGCGGCCACUCACGCUUUAUUAGCGGCUCACCCUCUGAAUCAUCCUCUGUUUUACAUUCAAUCACCAUGACACUUUCCUAUGUGUGUCAGAAAAUACACAAGAGGGGGUUGCUCUUUGAGUUUAAAUGUUAAUUUAUUUAACUCUUGGCUGGCAAGGAUUGUGAUAUUCGGUGGGUUUCAGGUUAUGGUUUCUGUCGGUGAGCACCUCAGAUACUGUGUAUAGUUUUAGAACUGUAUCCCCCAGUGCAGGCCGGUGUUACCCCUUUUCCUUGGUUUCUUCACUGCUCUGCAGGACUAGCUUGAGAAUGAAAAUGUUCUGAGUUUCCCUUCGUUCUUUAGCCUUGAAUUCAUUAUCUACAAGUUUCAACGUUUAAAAUACAUCAAAAUUACAUUUUGGAAAUGUUAAUGCAUGUUUGUCUUAUUAAGAAAAAAAAGGAAAAUUACUAUGGUUGAUUGGGCAAAACGGUCUCCUCUAAUCUUUCUGAUAGUUCAGUCAACUAUAUUGCUGUCAUGCAUCAUAUUAUACAUGUUAAGAUUACAAAUAGUAUAGGCAUUGGAACUCCAUAUCUACUUUGCUCCAUAUUAAAGAGUUUUCUAUCCUGAUUCAUCCUGAUUCAUACCAUGUUGUUAAACUUCACUUCUACCUGCACAUUCUGCAAGCUAAUAAAUGCUUCACCUGCUUAAA